AUUAAUCCCCUGGAUCCCGAUACAAACAUUAUUAUCUUAUAGAACAUGAUGCAUUGUUCUGUCUUUUUUUUCUGUCUGUUAUCCCAUAAUUGCCACUUUUUGACAGUUGGCUGUGUUUUUUUUUUAACUUAAUCCAUUUCGAGCAAUUCAGAUGUAUAUGUGUGUAUAUAUGUGUAUGUAUAUGGAGCCAAAAUAUUAUUUGUGGAUGAGUUUAUAUUAGCCUAUACUGUAUAAAAGUGGAAGACUUGUCUAAAUAUCUGAAAAUAAGCUGUAAAAAGGGAUUAAUGAUCACUGGUCUGAUUGUAUGUUAUUCUGUGUUAUCAUCAAUCAGUUUGAAUUUGAUCUUUUAAUGUACAAACUAGCUAAUUUGCCAUACUUCUAGUUGACUCCCGAGUCGCUUUCAUUCCAAAAUGGCGGAUUCGUGGGGCUGCUGCUGGGCGCGGGUGAUGCAAUGGAACGUUCUAUUGAGUUUCCUCUCUUGUGCUUCUAUACUCUUUGCCGCAACCAAAUAGCACCUUAACAAACAUCAUUACUCACCAUAGAACAAUGCGCAUACGUGCAUGUAAUGUAAACAACACAAUCAACAGCAAACAUUUUCUGUCUCAGUUGGCAUUGUAGCCUACUGAAUUUUGAAUAAAAAGAGUCUUUAAAAAACUGUUGCAGUGGUUAAUUUAAUAAUGAUUAUAUUUACCAUUUUGUUGUAUCUUAACAUUUCUGUAUGUUUCAUUAGAAUGUUAUCCUUAAGCAAUUAUUUUUAUGUAGUAAACUGACAAGUAACCUUCGUCAUAAUAGCGGCAUAAUACUUUAUUUACAUAUGAAGGUUAUAUCAGUGCACAAGCAGUUAUAUUUUAAGACAUCUCCUCCCGUCUGAUUUCCUUUCAUCUCCUGCCCUUCCAUCUUUUGGUGUGUCAUCUUUCAUAUACAAUAUAAAAACCAAACUGAAAGUAUCACGUUGGUCUUUUUUUCUGUAAAACAGAUACAAAACAAUAAAGCAGCACAUCUGUGAUGGUUUUUAUAACUGGUUUGUAAAUGAUAAUGCAAUUGGGUGAUGACCAUUUGUUUAUGUUUGGGCCAAGGGUCUGAGUCAAAGGGGAAUGAUAAGCCUAAGGUGUGAACACAUUUCUAUAAUAAUGAAAUGGUCCGGGUGAGAUGGUAAUGUUGAUGGGAUUAAGGGUUGUUGAAACUGAAGGCUUGGGAGUGGCAGGGUUACUUCCUUUCAAUAUUUUGAUGUUUCAUGCUUUUAAAGUUGAUUGCUUUGUUUUCCAUUUAGGGGGCUGCCUGCUAAAAUGUGUAUGAAUGCAAUGUAGGGUUGUAAGUCAGACUUUGUGACUGCAGCGCCUGGACUCCAUACUCUGACUACAGCUUGAGGAAAUCCGAAGUCUUCUGGUCUUCGCUAAAAAGUGUGGAGACGCUGACGAUGUGCUGUUCUGUAAAUCAGUAUGAACUGAUCUGUCCAUGCUGGAUUUAUUGAUGAUCAUCAGAGAAAUCUCUCAGCUGAAGAAAGAGGUGGCGUUACUGGAGACAAAGCUGAGGUCAAGGGGAGAUUUACCAAUUACCAAAUAUCAUUUACCUGAAUCAGACAACAUCAAAUCAUUUCAUGGAUCAAACCUCCACAUAGUCUCUGGAUUCUGUCUUUAACGCUGGAGAACAGCAGCAGACCAAACUGAAGAUGUGUUCAGUUAAACUCAUCGACUGCACGAACCUCAUGAUGAAGAUUAAAACUGAACCCACAGAAAUCAAAACUGAACCCACAGAAAUCAAAACUGAACCCACAGAAAUUAAAACUGAACCCACAGAAAUCAAAACUGAACCCACAGAAGAGGAAGAUCGCACUGAUGAAGAUGUUGAUUUUAUUCCAUCAGAUGUGAAGAGUGAUUCAUGUUUGGAUAUAGAAAUAACGUCCUCAACAUCAAAAGAGCGACUGACAGCACAAACUCUUUCCUGCAUCACCUGUGGAAAGACAUUCAGCUCACAGAGACUUUUAGAGAGACAUGAGAGAAAACACACAGAACAGAAACUCUUCACCAGAUCUGAGAUCAGCUUUACUACCUUACAAGAGAAGAAACUUCAUUCAGAAGACCACAGAGAGCAGAAGAAGAAGCAGUUUCACUGUGAGCAGUGUGGGAAGAUUUUUAUCUCUUCAUGUAAUCUUAAUGAUCACAUGAGGACACACAGUGAUGAAAAGCCUUUCUACUGCACUGAAAGUGGAAAAUACUUCAGAACCAAACAAAAUCUUAAAGUUCAUAAGAAAAUUCACAUUGAAGAGAAACCUUUUCAUUGUAGUGUCUGUGGGAAGAGUUUUAGGCACUGGGAUAACUUAUAUAAACAUAAGAGAAUUCAUACAGGUGAAAAACCUUUCAAAUGCUCUCAGUGUGACAAGACGUUUACUUGUUCAAGUAACUUAAAAGCCCAUCAGAGACUUCAUACUGGAGAGAAACCUUACGUCUGCGCUCAAUGUGGAAAGAGCUUCACUAAGUCAUCUCAAUUAAGAGUCCAUCAGAGAGUUCAUACUGGAGAGAAACCGUAUCACUGUAGUGUCUGUGGGAAGAGUUUUAGUCUAAAACAUAACUUACUAAAUCACAAGAGACUUCAUACAGGUGAAAAACCUUUCAAAUGCUCUCAGUGUGACAAGACGUUUGCUCAGUCAGGUUCCUUACAAGCCCAUCAGACAGUUCAUACUGGAGAGAAACCUCAUCACUGUAGUGUCUGUUGGAAGAGUUUUAGUCAUGGGUCGGCAUUACUUAAGCACAAGAGAAUUCAUACAGGAGAAAAACCUUUCAAAUGCUCUCAGUGUGACAAGACUUUUUCUCGGUCAGAUCAAUUGAAAUCCCAUCAGAGAGUUCACACUGGAGAGAAAGUUUGUGUAUCCUCAGUGUUUUUCUCUCUUGCGUGUUUCAUUGAGUGUAAACAGAGUUUUGUCUCUGUGUAUUUAAGUGUUAAGAGGAUGCAGGACACAACAGUGUGUGACAGUAAACAGAGCUUACAGGAGGAUCAAACCUCCACAGAGUCUCUGGAUUCUGUCUGUAACGCUGGAGAACAGCAGCAGAUCCUGCAGACCAAACUGAAGAUGUGUUCAGUUAAACUCAUCGACUGCACGAACCUUAUGAUGAUGAUUAAACCUGAACCAACAGAAAUCAAAACUGAACCCACAGAAAUCAAAACUGAACCCACAGAAAUCAAAACUGAACCCAAAAAGGAAGAUCGCACUGAUGAAGAUGAUGAUUUUAUUCCAUCAGAUGUGAAGACUGAUUCAUGUUUGGAUAUAGAAAUAACGUCCUCAACAUCAAAAGAGCGACUGACAGCACAAACUCUUUCCUGCAUCACCUGUGGAAAGACAUUCAGCUCACAGAGACAUUUAGAGAGACAUGAGAGAAAACACACAGAACAGAAACUCUUCACCAGAUCUGAGAUCAGCUUUACUACCUUACAAGAGAAGAAACUUCAUUCAGAAGACCACAGAGAGAAGAAGAAGAAGCAGAAGAAGCAGUUUCACUGUGAGCAGUGUGGGAGGAUUUGUGUCUCUUCCUCUCGACUAAAUGAUCACAUGAGGACACACAGUGAUGAAAAGCCUUUCUACUGCACUGAAUGUGGAAAAUACUUCAGAACCAAACAAAAUCUUAAAGUUCAUAAGAAAAUUCACAUUGAAGAGAAACCUUUUCAUUGUAGUGUCUGUGGGAAGAGUUUUAGUGCAAAGGCUACAUUACUACAUCACAAGAGAAUUCAUACAGGUGAAAAACCUUUCAAAUGCUCUCAGUGUGACAAGACGUUUACUUGUUCAAGUAACUUAAAAGCCCAUCAGAGACUUCAUACUGGAGAGAAACCUUAUUACUGUAGUCUCUGUGGAAAGAGUUUUAGUCAUCACACUUCAUUACUAGUGCACCAGAGAAUUCAUACAGGAGAAAAACCUUUCAAAUGCUCUCAGUGUGACAAGACGUUUGCUCAGUCAGGUUCCUUAAAAUCUCAUCAAAGAGUUCAUACUGGUGAGAAACCUCAUCACUGUAAUGUCUGUGGGAAGAGUUUUAGUGUAAAGUCUACCUUACUAAAGCACAAUAGAAUUCAUACAGGUGAAAAACCUUACAAAUGCUCUCAGUGUGACAAGACGUUUGCUUGUUCAAGUAACUUAAUAGUUCAUCAGAGACUUCAUACAGGUGAAAGACCUUUCAAAUGCUCUCAGUGUGACAAGACGUUUACUUGUUCAUGUAACUUAAAAGCCCAUCAGAAAGUUCAUACUGGAAAGAAACCUUAACACUAGGGAUGCUCCGAUCGAUCGGCCGCCGAUCGGUAUCGGCCGAUAAUGGCAUUAAAUGACUCGAUCGGUGCUCGCUAAAUCUGCCGAUCUCAUAAACCGAUCUUUCUGUUUACUUUUGUCAUCAAAAGGAUCCUGAAUGCGGUUGCAAUUAAAGACAUUUUUUACGUGGGCGGUGGCUGAACGCAGACAAGCAGCUGUGAGGAAAAUAAAAGUUUAAACGCUCAAAACUUUAAGACGCAUGCAAAUAAGAAACUUUUGGCAUGAGGAUGCAAUUGUCCGUGAUAGAUAUGUGUUGUAUAUGCUGUUUGAUGGGGAUGUGAA